UUCCCCACCCGCACCCAAACCCACCAUGGCCGCCCCGCCGCCGCCGCCACCGCCACCGCCACCGCCGGCUCUCCCGGACGACGUCGUCGAAGAGAUCCUCCUCCGCCUCCCGCCCGACGACCCAGGUAGCCUCUUCCGCGCCUCCCUCGUCUGCAAGGCCUGGAGGAGCACCGUCUCCCAUCCCCACUUCCGCCGCCGCUUCAUCGGGCUCCACCGCCACCGGGCACCCCCCGUGCUCGGCUUCCUCCACGACUGGAAAGACGAGCGCAUCCCAGACUUCGUCCCCACCACCGCCUCGCCCUUCUCCCUCACCGCUCCAGACCGCCGGUUCUGGCGCGCCCUCGACUGCCGCCACGGCCGCGCCCUCUUCCUCUCCGACGACAGCCAGGAAACUCAGGAACUCAUCCUGUGGGAGCCAAUCACGGGCGCCCGUCAGGGCAUACCGGUGCCCUCGGCGUUCACGUGCGGGUGGCCGACCGCGGCCGUGUUCUGCGCAGCCGACGGGUGCGAUCACCGCGACUGUGCGGGGGGCCCCUUCGGCGUGGUCUUCGUCUUCACCCUCGACAUCUCGCCCAACGCAGACGUUGUCACAUCGGCGUGCUUGUACUCGUCAGAGACUAGCACGUGGGGCAAGCUGAACUCGAGGGAACACGAGUUCGCCAUGGACUUUGAGCAUAAUUCCAGCGUGCUGGUUGGGAGGUCUCUGCUCUACUUCCUGUCCGACGGUGGGAUGAUCCUGGAGUACAAUUUGGGCAGUGGUGAACUGGCUGUGUUGGACACACCACCUAACGAUUACGGCAGUGAAAACCACAGAUUUAACCUCAUGGUGGCGGAGGACGGUUUGCUGGGGGUUGCCGAAGCCAUUGAUUUUCAGCUCAUAUUGUGGAAAAGGGAGGCGAGUGAUGGCACUAAUGCACGAUGGGUGGUGAGCCGGAUCAUCGACCUGGACAUCGAUCCAUGCACACUUGUUCCAGUGUUGGGCUUUGCGGAGGGGGCAAAUGCUAUUUUCGUGAAAACUGUUGGUAGUCUCUUCAUGAUCGAGCUGCAGUCGGAGCAGGCGAAAAGGGUGUGCCAUAAUCAUGGCUUCUGUAAUUUGAUUCCAGUUGUCAGCUUCUACACUCCACAUUCUGGGCUCCAAGUGCCCGGGGGUGAACACCAGGACCCAGCGCCGCGGCUGAACCUACUGAGGAGGGGUGGUCAGCAAGGGGUAUGGGAGGAGAAAUCACUAGAAUUGGCGCAAGUGCUGUUUGAUAAGGGGUGCAAGGCUAUCAAUGAGAAGGACUUGGCCCACGCGGCUGACUGCUUCAGACAUGCUCUCGAGAUCAGGGUUCGACAUUAUGGAGGCCUUGCUCCUGAGUGUGCUAGCACGUUUUACCGUUAUGGAGGUGCCUUGUUAUGCAAAGCUCAGGAGGCAGCCAAUCGUUCAGGGGCAAACUUGCGUGGCAAAGGUCAGACGGAUGGGAACAUGACAGGCGAUGGAGAUGAUUCUGAUUUGGAUUUGGCCUGGAAAAUGUUGAAUACUGCAAGGGUGAUAGUUGCCAAGAGUCCAGAGAAGACAAUGGAGAAGGUUACUAUAUUGACUGCUCUAGCUGAAAUCUCCAUGAGAAGAGAGGACAGAGACAGCUCAAUCGGUUACUACUUUGAAGCUUUAGCGAUCUUGGAACAUUUGGUUAGGCCUGACCAUUUUCGAAUUGUCGAUCUAAACGUCCGCAUAUGUUUGGCCUUUGAGUUAGCAUCCAAGGUUGGGGAUGCAAUCCCAUAUUGUGCAAAGGCUAUUUCAUUAUGCAAGUCGCGUAUACAUAAUCUGAAAAUUGCCAAGGAAGCUUUGUUGGCUGAUAGAGACCUUAGAGCAUCUGCUGCUAAAGGACACUCAGGAAAGUCGACUCUGGAAGAUGAGAUAUCUUACCUUGCUAGAAUGUUGCCUCGAUUCCAGAAGAAGCUUGAAGAACUGAAGCAAGCAAUGUCAACCCCAAGCGACGGCAUAGAUAAUAUUAUGAAGAGGGUGGUCUCACAGGCAAGUCAUGAGCAGAGUGUUAACAAUACUAUGGCAAGAACUGCAUCUUUGACUUCUUCGCAGAUGGCACGAUCAAACAACAGCUUCCAUUCCCCAACUAUGUCGACGGCAGCACCAAGAGGAAGCACUGGAAGUAGCAUAACCGACUUUGAGAUUGUUGGCAGAGACAUGAAACGAGCUAAAGAUGAGUCGAUCUCCUACGAACCUUCUCCAAAGAGACUUGCAGCAGAUGAUUCACCAUCCGUGAAUGAAAUUUGAUAGCAGCUAGAUAGAAAUUCUGAAACUGCCAAGAUAUGCAUGGGACACUCUAACAAGAUGUUACUACUCCCCGUUCAUUUUCGCUCAAUGGUGAAUACUUAUCUGCUGAUUUGUAUACUAAUUUUUUGAUCUGGUCA